AUGUACAGCUCCAGCUAUUCGCAGGCCAAGUUUGGCCUGGAUGCUAGGGAGCCUUUGCACAAGCCCAAAGGCAAGAGCUGUGGCUACUACAUGAGGAUCGUCUUCUUCUUCUCUUCACUCAUCCAGUCCCUCAUCAUCGUCAGCCUGGUGCUCUUCCUCAUCUACGGGCAGCCGGAGAAGUCAGCCGAGGAGAUGAGAGUUAAGGAGUUGGAGCAAGGCUUUAACAGACUGAGUGAUAACAACAUCCAGCUAAGGAAGGAGAAAGGCGAGCUUGGAGCUCAACUGGGGGUUCGCACAGCUGAAAAAGACGGUCUGGAGAAACAGCUGCAGCAGCUGAGUGUUGACGCGAACAACACAAAGCUUGAUCUGAUGACAAAAUUAUCCAACUGCGAGAGGCAAAUUGCUACAACACGGAGCAUGGUGACGCGCUGUCCCACUCCCCCCAUACAGCAACCCAUGGUCGUGACUACUAACAAUGAGUUGAAAACCUUGCAGAGCCUCAACAUGCAGCAGAAGGCCAUGAUUGAGCUCAUCGAGGCCAACUUCACCCAGACGGUCCGCUACAUCAGUCACGAAAGGGACGACGCCCUCAAGGACAGAGACGUCCACCUCCAGGAGGUCAUCACUCUACGCAAAGAAAACACCAUGCUGAUAGAGCAGCACACAGCCUACACCAGGAAAUGUAAAGAGGACUUUGCUCAUUCUCUGGAUGGGAUCCAAACAGUGACCAGGGAUUUUCUCAACAAAAUAAACAACAUGUUCCCCCACCAGAUGACCUUUCACCUCACCUGUGAAAGCCAGCAGGAACAAAUGGAGAAGAUAAGAAACAGUUGCACCAACCUGUCCAGAGAUGUGGAGAACAAGUUUCAGCUGUAUUUGGACAACGUGGGCAGCAAGGUGGCUCAGAUUCAAGCCUUGUCAAGCCGACUGGAAGUGCAAAACUCACACUUGAGCGCUGACUUGCAGCGCUGUGAACACAACCGGAGUGAGACAAUCGCUGAAACCGGCCGACAGCUGCAACUCAAGCAAAAGGCUCAUGACGAAAAGAUGGAGAAAGUGCUGAUUGAGAAGGACCGGCUCAGGGAGCAGAAACAAUUGCAAGCAGAUACUUUGGCCUUGAGAGAAAAUGAGCUGCAGACCCUCAGGGCAUUGCCUAAUUGCAAGCCUGCAGGAGACCUGGGUGACUGA